AUGUUUGUUUUGCUUUUAGUUGCUGUGUGUUGCUUGUGUUACCUUAUUACUAUAAACCUGAUAUAUAAGCGAUAUAAGCGGUUAUGGACGAGUAUUCUGAAUAAUAUUUCAUCUACUACAUGCGCUGAUAACGAAAUACACUUUCUCUCCACACACAAAGAGUCAGACUUUCCGUCGCAGAGAGUCGCGGUGCACGCGGAGCGGGAUGCGGUGCAGGAAGCUUUGCGGGUGCUGCUGGUCACUGCGCAUCCGGAUGAUGAGUGCAUGUUUUUCGCUCCUGCACUGUUAAAACUCAGUGAAUCGCAUGCAGAUGUUCAUUUGCUCUGCUUGUCAUCAGGAAAUUACUAUCAUCAAGGAGCGCAGCGUAAAGAGGAACUGCUGAAGAGCUGUGCAGUUUUGGGAAUUCCAGCUAACCAAGUCACCAUUAUUGAUCACAAAGAGCUGCCUGAUGACCCAAAGGCUGUGUGGAGCAUUGCACUGACCUCAUCGCUCAUCCACAAACACAUCACAACUUAUUCCAUCAACUUGGUGCUGACGUUCGAUGAGGGAGGAGUGAGUGGACACGCCAAUCACAUUGCCAUCUACAAAGCCCUCAGUCAUCUAGCCUUUGUUGGAAGAAUACCAGAAGGUUGCCAGGUCCUCUCCCUCCAAACCAUUAGCAUCCUCCGGAAGUACCUGUCAGUCUUAGAGCUGCCAUUCAGCUGGCUGUUAUCCACACAUUUCUGCUGUAUCAUAGGACCAAAUGAAUACAAGAAAGCUAAGGAGGCUAUGCUGUGUCACCGCUCCCAGCUGCUGUGGUUUCGAAGGUUGUACAUUCUGUUGUCACGGUACAUGUUUAUCAACACUUUCCGGGCCAUACCAGUAGAGAGAAAGAACGUGAAGAUCUACUGAUGGAAGUAAACGGACUUCUUAUCAACCCAAAGCACUGAAAUAUGUUUCGUUAUUGUUUACAGUUUCAUAUUUUCACUGUUUGCAGUUUCAAUGCUUUACAGUAUUUUCUGAAACGUUUAAGUUUCGUGUUACUCUGAUGUAUUUAGUCUUCGGUUUUCACACUACAAGUCUUUCACACUACUACAAAAGUAUGCGGACACCUGACCAUAAGCUUGUUGGACAUUCUGUUUCAAAGCCAUUGGUAUUAUUAUGAAGUCCCUCUCUCUUUCAGGUUACAUAUACACAUAUCCAAAUCUCUAUUGUAGACAACCUGCCACUGUCUAGCCAAGGAUAGUUGUGGACUGUGGGAAUUUGUUACCGUUCAGUCAAAACAACAUCUGUGGGGUCAGGCAUCUAUACUGAACAGUAUGUCCAAACCAAACUGUAUUAUAUAAACCUGUGUGUAAUACAUGUGGCUGAAUACUUGAACUCACUAAUUAGGGUGUCCACAUACUUUUGGCCAUAUAGUUUUCACAGCAGACUGCAAAUCCUGUGUGUUUCUCAUUGUUUAAACGUUUUGUAUAUCUGUGUAUAACCACAGCACUUGUUCAAAUGUAAAAAUGUGUAGUAGGAACAGAGCAGAAUGUUUUGUGCAGAUUGUAAAGUACUGACAGUUUGAUUGUACUGUUUGUUCUCAUGUUCUAAUGUUCUUACUUUGAAACACUGACCCUGAAGAUUAAAGUCCACAUGAUCAAA